AUGAGUCUGUUGCCGAAAAUCUCGCUGAUCUCGCGACAGUAUUCGGUGAUAAAAGCGACGAAGCCUCUGACGGUGACCGAGGGCCAGAAAUGCCUGAAUAUCAACGCCUCGGACAUCAUCUCCGCGUCCAUGACUCAAACUCAAGCAGCUGCCAUCGUCGCCGAGCCCCUAGGAGCAGAUUCGAUUCCCUUGCUGGAUUCAGCGUCUACAGAAAUGUCUUCCGCCACGUUCGAGGUGCCCACAGCGAAGAUCGAGCAACAGAUGACCGUGGACAGGACACCAUUACCGUUCGAAGAGGUUCCUGGACCCGCUGUUCUCAAGUUGUGGGAGAAGUACUGGAAAUACGUGCCGCUGCUGGGUACGCAACUGUUUUCCAGUCUGCUAAUCAACAGGUUCACCCAGGGACGACUCACGUGGAAUCGUAACGUCACGCCUCUCAAGUAUUUAUUCAACGAGUAUGGUUGUAUCGUGAGGGUCAACGGUCCGCUGUCCGGGGACAUCGUUAUGAUUCACAGGCCCGAGCACGUAGCAGAGGUUCUGAAACAGGAGGGGGACGCCCCCAUUCGAAGUGGAAUAGACAUUUUGCAGCACUAUCGUUUACAUCAUCGCAAAUAUCGCCUCGCUGGGCCGUUCUCGUUGCAGGGUCCCGAGUGGCUGGAGGUGAGAGAGAAAAUCGAAGAGGAGUUCAACCAGAUAGCUUCAAACUUCUUCUGCAAGAUCGACGCGGUCAGCGACGAACUGAUCAACAGAGUACAGAAAAUACGCAACAAGCAAGACGAAGUGCCCCGCAAUUUUCACGAAGACAUACUGCGUUGGGCGAUGGAAUGUUUCUUCACCGUUACAUUGAACAACCACGUCGGUUUUCUCGAGUCAGCCGGAUAUAAUUCGACGUCGGAAACUGCAAAGAUCGUGGACGCUUUGGCGACAGCUCACAAGUACAUGAGUCGUUGCGAAACGGGUUUUCAGGUGUGGAGGUUCUUCCUGACACCUUUCGCCAAGAAUCUCUUCGAAGCCUGCGACGUCAUCGACGCCGUGGUCGGGAAGUACAUUCGUCUGGCACAAAGCAAGCUUCGAAACCGGUCGUCGGUUGGACAGAAUUCGAGAGUGGAUGAGGGUUCGCCGGUUCUGGAGAAGUUCCUUCUGAGCGAUGGAAUCCACCCGGACGAUAUUUGCACGAUGUUGAUGGACAUGAUCAUCUUGGGCGUACAGGCGACUGCAAACUGCGAAGCGUUUUUACUGUAUCAUUUAGCGAAGAAUCCGCGUACUCAGAGAAAAGUCUACGACGAGAUCGUGAACGUUUUGCCGAACAGAGACUCCCCAUUGACGGAGAGCUCGCUGAAGAAUAUGCGGUACUUGAAAGCGUGUCUCCAAGAAAGUUUAAGGUUGAGACCUGCGUUCCCGUACUUUACCAGACUUCUGCCGAAGACAAUUUCCCUUCACGGAUACACGAUACCCAAAGGGACGUUUGUCAUAAUGGCCAAUCAAAUAACUUCGCAACGGGAGGAAAAUUACGAGGACCCAGAGAAAUUCCGUCCAGAAAGAUGGUUGACGAAUUAUUCGGAUGGUAAGACGGACUUUAGCUGCUUACCGUUCGGUUAUGGGGUUAGAUCGUGUUUAGGAAAGAAUAUGGCCGAGACAACCAUGAUGUUGCUGACUGCGAAGCUUGUACGGCAAUUCAGAAUCGAGUACGAUUACGCUGAUAUCAAGAGCAGAUUCAUGAUGGUGAACGUACCCAAUAAACCGCUCCGUUUCCGUUUCGUCGACAGGAUCUGAACUCUGCGAAGCGAUUUCUUUUCUCGGAAGCAGUGCUUAAUUACUAAGUUAAUGUACAGAGGUUGGUAGAAAGUACAAUA